GCUCAGAGUGCGACUGUUAGUGUUGAACGAAAUUUCGACGCGCUUACAAUAAGUUUUUAUUACUUGACGACUAGGAUGAAAUCCAUGAGACUUUUAACUAAUUGCACGGUAGCUGCUGGUGUUGGCGGAGUUAUCGGCUGGUUCGCUCGUAAAAAUAGUGAACUUGACAACCAUGAAAAGCACAUCGACUCUUUUCCUCUGUUAAAACAUCUGACAAAACCGGGUUUACCAAUUUUUGCAACCGUUUCAGCGGCUGUACCAAUAACAAAUAAUGAAGAUAAGGAUAUGGGGUCAAAAUUAUCAACAAACGCUUCGCGAAUCAGUCAAAUCAUGAAACAUGGUUUUCCAGGGUUAGAUAACGUUAGGUCUUUUGAUGAUUUUGUAUUGUCAUAUGACAGGAGAAAUCGUGUUGCUCAUUGGGUAUUUGAACAUUUAACAAAAGAAAGAUUGAGUUAUAAUGAUAAAGUUGAUCGUAGUAAAUGUGAAUUUACAGCAGAUCAAAGUAUACAUCCAUUCUUCAGGUCAGAGAACGCUGACUACAAACGCAGUGGAUACGAUAGAGGACAUUUGGCAGCAGCAGGAAACCAUAAAAUGGAACAAACACACAUGCAGCAGACAUUCAUGUUGUCGAAUAUGGCACCUCAAGUAGGAGCUGGUUUUAAUCGUGACUCAUGGAACAGGCUAGAAAAAUACGUGAGGGAUCUAACAAAGGUCUACAAAGACGUUUACGUCUGUACAGGGCCAUUGUACUUACCUAAAGUCGAAGCCGAUGGCAAGAAAUACGUGCGAUAUGAGGUCAUCGGAUCGAAUCACGUAGCGGUACCGACGCACUUCUACAAAAUCGUUGUUGGCGAAACCGCUGACUCCAAGUAUGAAAUGCAAGCUUUCGUCAUGCCAAACGCGGUGAUUGGUAACGAUGUGCCGCUGCAGAACUUUAUGGUCCCACCGGAGAGCGUCGAGAGAGCGGCUGGUUUACUAUUUUUUGACAAACUAUCAAGGAGUAAACUUAACAAAAUUAAUGGCAAACUGAUAAAAGGCUGAAGAAACGAUUGCUUUGGAGUGUGUGUCGAGCAAUGUGCGCGGCAUAUUUUAUGAGGUAUCAUGAAAUGAUAUUA